GAAAUUAUCAGCAAUCAGAUGGUAUAAGAGCGCUGACAAAAUGUUCCGUCAGCACUCUCGGCUCAGCGACAUCAUGUUUCGUGUCGUGCUAUUCGCCGUCUGCGCGUCCCUGGCCUGGUCGGACACGCCGGCCAACUGCCUGUACGAGGACAUCCGCGGCACAUGGACCUUCCAGGAGACGGAGCGGUCGGGCGACAGCAGCCUCAGCUGCGACGCCCUCGGCCCCGUCGUCCACACCAAGACCUUCACCCUCAGCUUCCCCGACACCGCCACGGACGAGCUCGGCAACGAAGGCACCUGGACCAUGGUCUGGAACCAGGGCUUUGAGGUUAACAUCAACGAAAGGUCGUACUUCGCCUUCUCCUACUACGAGGGUGACUUUACCUCCUCCACCUCCUACUGCGACCGCACCUUCAACGGCUGGUCACGUGACAAGACCGUCAGGAACUGGUCUUGCUUCAGCGCCCAGAAGAACACCAAGACCACGCCUCGCAUCAGUGGAAAGGUCAAAGCACCUUUGCCUUCAGGACCUUUCAAGAACGACCAGAAGAUGGUUGACGACAUCAAUGCUUCCCAGACGUCCUGGAAGGCUAAGGUCUAUGAAAAACAUGACAAGUACACCGUCGAAGAGAUGUUCCUCCGCGCUGGAGGUCCCGGCAGCGUCCUCCCCAACCCCCCCCCCCGCCCCGCGACCCCCCAGCAGAAGGCCCGCGUCUCCUUCCUGCCGGAGAACUUCGACUGGCGUGACGUGGAGGGCGUGAACUACGUGAGUGACGUGAGGGACCAGGGAGGAUGCGGCUCCUGCUACGUCUUCACCUCCUUGGCUCAGCUGGAGUCCCGACUGCGCAUCGCCACUCGCAGCCAGCGCCAGGACGUCUUCUCCACGCAGGACGUCGUCUCCUGCUCCCUCUUGUCCCAAGGAUGCGCGGGAGGCUUCAACUACCUCAUCGCCGGACGCUAUGCGAUGGAACAGGGCGUCGUGGCUGAUGAGUGCAACACCUACACCGGGCAGGACGACCUGUGCGACACGGACACCAGCUGCGCGCGCACCUACGUGAGUGACUACCAGUACGUCGGCGGUUACUUCGGGGCUUGCAACGAGGAGCUCAUGUUGCAAUCGCUGGUGGAGAAUGGGCCGUUGUCUGUUGCUUACAUGGUCUACGACGACUUCUUCAACUACGAGGGCGGCAUCUACCACCACACCGGAUUCAAGAAUGAGUUUAAUCCGCUGGAGAUGGUGAGCCACGCAGUCCUGGUCGUCGGCUACGGCGUGGACAGCACCACAGGGGAGAAGUACUGGACGUGUAAGAACUCGUGGGGCGCGGACUGGGGCG